UCUCGCGAGGGCUAGAAUGGCGAUGGCGACAGCGGCGGCGAUGGCGAUGGCGCUGUCGCGGGCAAUGCCGCUGCUGGAAUCUAACGCCGUGCUGUAGGUGAGCAAUGGCUCGAUCGAUUGCCGCGAGGCGCUGUUUUUUCUUGCAGCUUCGAUCGAUCGAUCGAGAGGGAUCUGCGAUUAUUUAGCAUCCACCGAUCGGCGCAUCAGCUUUUGCAGCAGCCAUGUCGAACGUUUUCUUUGAUCAGCAAUGGGAGAUUGCUAUGCGGCAGCUUGUCGAUGUUCUUGCGAUUGAAGUUCCUUCGUUUUCUUUCUUGGGGCCCCAGAAUUUGUCCGAUUAUUCUCGGAUAUAUAUCAAGUACUAUCAAGUAUAUAGAAUGCUGGAGGAUUGCUAUCAUCAGAUCAUUCACCCUCAAAAGCGCAUCGAUUGCUUGAAGUCCUUGGAGGCGGUAAUUGGGAGAAUUCUCGAGCUAAAACAUUGGAUGGUGUUUCUGAACGCCGGGAAGGAGAUUAUUUACCUGGAAGACCUUUUGCUGAAUUUGGAACUGACUCCCGAUGCUCUGGAUGUGGUUCCGCCUCGUCUUUUGACUGCUGACAACCUCCGGAAUCUUGAAACACGAGACAAUUUCCUGAUCAAGGUCCUGCAACAAGAGAAGGAACAGCACGAACAAGAAGGCUCUGCCGAUUCUCAAUCACCAGAUAGCAAGUUCCCUGUCUAUACACCAGAGGAGGCAAUUGCAAUAUUACAGGCUAAUGAACGAGGCAGGCAAGCACGUCAUAGACUUGCUACUUUGGCCAAGACACGAUUCACACAAGAAGAAGCUUUGAAAAAGCAACAGGCCGGUCACGAACCUUUAACUCAAGAAGGUGCUGCAGUUGUUAUGCAGUCCGCAGCCCGAGGAUUUCUAGAAAGGUGUCGGGUAAAACAUUCGGCUGAAGACGAGCUUACUCUACUCGGUACAUUCUUUCCGAGCGCUCUCUACCUUAAGGGGGAAAAAAUGAAUAUGUAUGAGCGCAACAGCGAUCGGGACUACGCCUUCGGUUUUAUGAGAGAAACAGAAUUGAGAAGAAAGAAGAACCAGCUAUUGAGCUAUCAGGAAUACCAGGACGCAAUGGCACUUGCAAAGGAGCAGAUUAAAGAGCUGGAGGGACAAGAAAUGAGGGAGAUAAUCCAGGAGAAAAUAAACGCAUGGCUUAACGCGAACAGAGAUCCGGAUACUGGCUUGUUUCCGCCCUUUCCAAAGCCAGCUGACGGUGGGAGUAAACUCAUAGUCUUUCCGCCGCCAAAGUUCGACUUUGAAGUCGAAACUAAGAAGAAGAAAGAUGCUAAAAAGGACGACAAGAAGAAGAAAAAGAAGAAAGCCAGUCCAUUUCCUCCGUUGGUGUUCCCUGUGGACGACGAGGAGAAGCCUCCAUCGUGUCCUGCAUUUUUUCUGCGACACGUACGAGAAUCUGUGGAUGUUUACACUCAUAGCUGGCAUGACAAAGACGACUCGGCGAAUUUGGCUCAAAAACAUGACACUGACAGACUAAAAGGACAGCUUCGACCGAUGGUGUUCGAAGAGAUAAGACUAGAAGUUGAUCAAAAUACACGAGUAAUUCUCGACAGAGUCAAGAAAAAAAUACUCGCGGAGCUCAAAGCAGCCAGGAAAAAGCAAAAGAAGGGUGCCAAGGAAAAGAGGAAAGAGAAGAAGAAAGACAAAGACAAGGAUGCGCCGCCCCCUGCCAAAAAGAAGCCCAAGAAACCGAAGGAUCCCACAGCUCAAAGAACAAUCGAAUCCAUAUACUCGGAACUUGUGAAAAACGGGAUUGUCCAGCUUCUUCCCAAAAGAGAGCUGUCGGAUUAUGUUUCUACGGAAACUUUCUAUGGUCCAACGUUUGAGGUUGAUCCGACUGGGUUUGAUCCCACCACAGCUCAGGUAAAGAGAGCAGUUGUGGAGUAUUGUAUCAUGCCUCUCGUGUCGGACUUUGUGCAUCAGAAUGCUCCGUAUAUAAAGUCAGUCCUUCUUUACGGGGCAGAAGGCAACGGGAAAACUCUACUGGUACACGCAUCGGCACGGGCUGCUGGCGCAGCAUACUUCAACUUGUCCCCACAAGUGCUGGAUGGAAAAUAUCCUGGGAAACAAGGUGCCAAGAUGCUUCAAAUGGUUUUCAAGCUUGCGAGAAUAAUGGCACCUUCGGUGGUCCAUAUCUCUGGUGUUGAAAAGCUUUUCGUAACGGAUCGGAAAAAGAUAAAGACAUGGGGCCUCAAGGACAAACCAAACAGAAUUAAGAAAGCUCUUACCAAAGAAGUUAAAAACAUUAAACCGGGAGAACGAGUUCUCUUCCUCGGGACAUCCUCCAGACCACAGGAUGCGCCUGGGAAACGACCUGUGUUCCCGAAUUUUUUCACCAAGAGGAUUUACGUUCCAUUUCCCGACUAUGGAUCAAGGUCGAGGAUAUGGCGAGCUUUGAUCGAGAGGCACGGCGGUGUUGUGACGGAGCAAUUCAACUUGUCCACAAUCUCGCAACUUAGCGAUGGUUUCAGCGUUGCCUCCAUUGAGAAGGUUUGCAAAACGGUCCUGACGGAGAAGCGCAAGCGAAAGCUUCGAAGAUUUCCACUGACCAUCAAGGAAGUUAUAAACGACGUUCACAGCACUAAGCCGGUCGAUCCAGCAUUCCAUGAAAGCCUUCGAGAAUGGGCCAAACCGAAAAAACCAGCCGAGAAAAAAGGUGGCAAAGACGCCAAAGGGAAAGGAAAAGGCAAAGGGAAAGGAAAGAAGAAAUGAAAAAUUUCGCUUAUAUUUGAGAUUUGCCAGCUAUAAUUGCAAAUAGGGUUAGGGUUUGCG